CCCGGGUUUUGGCCUCUUUCUGACCCGGCUCCCGCUCCACUUCACUUUUGGUUUCGGGUGGAGCCCGUGUAGUGAUCUCCAUGGCAGCAGACUCCGGGGCGUUCACUAAUGAGGACUCUGAAUCUGGAGAGGAAGAAGGUAAACAUGUCAAACCUUUUACACCAGAGAAAGCGAAAGAAAUUAUAAUGUCUUUACAACAACCUGCAAUCUUCUGUAACAUGGUUUUUGAUUGGCCAGCCCAACACUGGACUGCAAAACAUCUUUCUGAGGUCCUUCAGGGCAAGCAGAUACGAUUCAGGAUGGGAACGAAACGCACAGAUACAGCUCCUCAGUUUGAAACCACAUGUAGUUACGUAGAAGCUACACUUGAAGAGUUUCUGACCUGGAACUGUGACCGAUCUAGUAUUUCUGGACCAUUUAGAGACUAUGAUCAUUCCAAAUUCUGGGCUUAUGCUGACUAUAAAUAUUUUGUCAGUUUAUUUGAAGACAAGACAGAUAUUUUCCAGGAUGUGAUGUGGUCUGACUUUGGGUUUCCUGGAAGAAAUGGACAGGAAAGUACAUUGUGGAUCGGCUCCAUGGGGGCCCAUACACCCUGUCAUCUGGACACCUAUGGUUGCAACCUAGUAUUCCAGGUACAAGGAAGGAAAAGAUGGCAUCUCUUUCCUCCUGAAGAUACUCCUUUCCUUUAUCCAACUAGAAUCCCUUAUGAGGAAUCUAGCGUGUUCAGUAAAAUCAAUGUUGUCAAUCCUGAUUUAAAACGUUUUCCUCAAUUUUGGAAGGCUCGAAGACAUAUGGUUACCCUGAGCCCCGGACAGGUUCUGUUUGUCCCCAGACACUGGUGGCAUUAUGUGGAAUCCAUUGAUCCUGUCACUGUCAGUAUAAACUCAUGGAUUGAGCUGGAAGAGGACCACCAAGCCCGGGUAGAAGAGGCAAUCACCCGCAUGCUUGUGUGUGCCCUGAAAACUGCAGAGAAUCCACAUGAUACGAGAGCCUGGUUAAACCCAACUGAGGUUGAGGAAACAUCCCAUGAAGUCAACUGUCGCUACUUAAAUGGAGCCGUUUCUGCUUUUUUUGAUCAUUAUGGAACGUCUAAGGUAGUAGAAACCCAAGCGCUGAGCACAGACGGAGAGUACGUGAUAAAGGAAGAAUUAAAUGUGCACAACCAUGUGGAGGUAGCACAAACUAGUAGCCACAGCUUAACCUUGGGAACAGUAAAACACGAGGCAGCAAGUCCCUUUGGUCCUGAUCUGGUUCCUGUGAUACCAGGUUCCCAAGAACCACCCUCAGAAAGAGGAGGCAUGUUUGAAAGUGAUGGUGAAGACUUUGUUGGCAAAAAUGGAAAACGCUUUGGAAAAUUGCAUUAUACCAAGAGACAACGAAUGAUGAGUGAAAGUGAGAAUGCAGUUGUGGAACAAAUUGCUUCAAAUAGUACUGUGGCCCCUUCCCAAACAUUCAUUUCUACAGAUGACUUGCUGGAUUGCUUGGUGAAUCCACAGGUAACCAGGAUAGUGGCACAACUUUUGAUUCAAGGAAGAAGUUUGCGACUCUAAUAGAAAAUAACUUUUUCAGUAAUACUUUAAGAAUAUUUUUAAAAUAAUAUAGUUUUAAAAUAAAAGAUGAAAUGGCAAAAGGGCAAUUUGCAUAUGCUUAUAAAUGUCCUGUUCUCACCUAAUUAACAUUUUAGUCUCUUGCCACCUUCUUGCAUACACGUUGCUCUUUGGACAACCUGGCUCUUUGUUAUUGGUAGGCCUCUUUCUUCAGUGCCUUUGCCUUUCCUUUCCUAUCUCAUCAGCCUCUCUCAAAUGUAAGCCUCUAGUGUUCUCACCAAGAAAUAGGGUUCCAUCAGCAGGGGUCACCUGCUGCUUGUUUUUGUAAAUAAGGUUGCAUUGGAACACAGCCAUGCAAUUCAUUUACAUAUUGUCUGUGGUGGCUUUAGGGUUACGGUGGCAGAGUUGAGUGGUGACAGAGGCAGUAUGGCUUGAAAAGCUGAAAAUAUUUUAAAAGUUUGCUAACUCCUGAUCUAAUGCAUCAUCCAUUGGGUGAAUUCUAGCUUUUGGGGAGGUAGGGGUGCAGUUGUUAAUUUCAGUAGCGAUCAUGGAUUCUUUGUCAUAAGAUGGUGUGGGAAGAUUUAUGAUUGUUUUAAGUUCUUGAUCUCUUAAUUCAAAUGCAGUUUGAAGUCUAGCCUUGAUCUGAAGUGAUUACAUUUCUCAAAUCCGUAGAAUUCUCACUGGUUAACCCCUGUAAUCCAGAGCAGAAUACCAAUCAGGAGAAAAGUAGGUGGGGGCCCAAUAAGAGGCCUCCUUGUGUAAGGAACUGGGACAUCUAGGAACACCAGCCCUGGAAUAAAAAGGACGAAAUGCUACUGACUCCUGAAACUAACUAAAAGCUUGGCUUAGUGAACUUGAUCCCACUCUCAUUACAUUUGCAAUAUGUGGGGUAAUUAUUAUCAUUACCGUCUAAGUAAGAAUUUAAGAAUUAUAAAAACAUAUUGAACUCAGUAACCAUUCAAAACAGAAAAGAUACACAAAGUCACCUUUUAAGAAGAAUUGACUACUGGCCCCAUCCUUCUCAGGUCAAACUGAUGGUAUCAGUAAAUCCCAAGAGAGUACGUACUUUCUGGGAGAAAGGAGGAAGGGAAAUGAACAUGCCCAGGAAAAGAAGGGUCUGAAAAAAGACCCUUCUGUAGCACUUACCACCAUCUGACUACUAUAUAUUUGCCUAUUUAUUUGAUUACUAUCUCCCCCAACGAGAAUGUCACUGCAUGAAGGUUUGGACUUUGUUUUGAUUAUUGUAUAUUUGCAGAGUCUUGAUCAGUGCCCAGCACAUGGUAGGUGCUGCUUAAAUAUUUGAGUGGAUUUUUUAAAAAGGAGACCUUGUUGGCCGAUACUCCUUCAGAAACACUGGGGCAGAGGAUGUUGUGACUAAAGGUGAGAUGUCUGUUACCUGUAGUAGGUAUAUCCCUAUCACAGAAAUAGACAUUUGUCUUCAGCUAUAUAUUUUUUUUACACCUGCCCUCACUGAGAGCUCCCCCAUACCCUCCUUCACACAGAAUUCCCUCCCCCGCUCCCUCCCCCAGGGUUCCCUCACCCGCUCCCUCCCAGAUAUUUUAUUAUAUUUGCUACUACUUGGACCAGUGUUUUUCAAGUUGUAGAUUGUGACCCAUUAACAAGUCAUAAAAUCAAUUUAGUGGGUGAGACCAGCAUUUUUUUUUUAAUGGAGCAGGAUAUGUAAUUUCAGUUAAUUCAAUAGUAAAUAUAAGUAUUAUUUUGUGAAACUGUCCAGGAAAAAUUUCUUUCAGAGUAAAUAUACUUCAUAAAUCUUUUCAGUUAUAUCUGUGUGUGUACUGGGCCUGAUAUAAAAUGUAUUUCUUAGUGUAUGUUAGGGUCAGAAAGGUUUGAAAGCUGUUCUGAGGGCAAAGUAUUGAUUUCAGUUAGAGGUAAUAGUUUCUGGCAUGCAGAGACCUGGGUAGAGAGUUAAGACAUUGAUAUGAAUGCAUUCGAAAUGUAAAUGGGUGUUGGGAGAUAAUUUCCUAAUUUUGUAGAGAUAGAGAUUAUGACACGGCAAGAGAUCCUGGCUAUCUGCAACUGGGGAGUGUGGGAAGGAGAAAAGACAGUCAAAGGGAGAGAUGGUCAGCCACCAAGUAGGGUCCCAUUUCAUCCUGCAUUUCUCAGAAGAGCCUGCCCGAAUGAGUGAACUCAAUUAUUAAAUAAAUAUUAAUACGUUGACCCUCCAGGGGUUAGAGGGAUUGAAGUGUUACACCUAAAGUUACAGUAUCCACGUAUAAGCAGGGUGAUCUAUCCAGAAGGCAAAGUAGCUAGGGCCCCUGAGCUUUUAGGGUCUACAGAAAUGUUUUAGUUUCUUUAAAAA